AUGGUGGAAUAUUUUUUCUGCUGUCCUUUGGCGUGUGCUGCUAAGUUCUUCGGUUGGUUGGGUGGCAUUUCUUCAGCGCUACUAUGCAUCUUCUGUGCCAUCUGCCUGGGAAGAGUACAUGAAAUUAUCGCCAGUGAAUAUUAUCGUAAAUAUAUUAGAGCUGAAUACUCUGAGGAGGCGCUCACCAUCAUCAUUGCUUUAUAUAUGGUCUUAUUUAUCAUCUCAACGGUCACUCAUAUAUGCUUGGUUGUCGGUACAAUGAAGAGAAAACAUAAUUUAUUGCUGCCAUGGACUAUUGAGACCCUAUUCAAUUUAGGAUUAACAUUGCUAUUAUAUCUCCGCGACGCACAAUUUUCUUGGAUAAGUUUAAUAGUUUUGGUUCUUAAUUUAUAUUUUUGGUAUGCCAUGGUGUCGCUUUAUGGGAAAAUUAGAGAAGGAAAUGAGAGGCGAUCAAAUCGCAAUGUAAAUGUAUAGUUCGAAAAGGGAGAAAAUUAAUUUUUGUGUCUUCGAAAAUGCAUUCAUGACUAAAUAAGUAUAAAAAUAUAUAAUUGUUAAUAAAAAAUACGCUUUCACCAAAA